AUGUGUACUAGUGAUGAUAUCGUAGACAACUGUACUAGUGAUGAUAUCGUAGACAACUGUACUAGUGAUGAUAUCGUAGACAACUGUACUAGUGAUGAUAUCGUAGACAACUGUACUCUUGGUGAUGGAAUCGUAAACAAAUGUACUGGUGAAGCGGCCCGCAGGCCCACACUUGCAAGACAUCACUUGCUAAAACCAACUGUUUUCACGUUGUUCUUGUUUCAGGACACAGCAAAUGCCGUUCAACUUGGCUACCACAUGGAGAAGCUGAUCUUUGACCUAGCAGACACGCACUUCUUCUUCAACGAUUUAGAAGAGUGUGACCAAGUUCAUAUAGACGAUGUCUCAUCUGACGAUAAUGGCCAAGAUUUAAGCAAUUACAACUUUGCCACUGACGGGUUCAGUGCAGCCAACAGUAACGCGUCGCUGUGUCUAGGCACUGGGGUCCGUGGAGGAGUCGAUUGGAUGAGGAAGCUGGCGUUCAGAUAUCGCAAAAUCAAGGAGUUAUUUAACAGCUGCAGGAAUAAUUCUGGAAGCCUGCUGGAUCCCGAGAACAGAGAAAAAUGGCACCGAGUCCGACAAGAUAUCGAGACGCUGACUGACAGUUGGUUGACGGAAUCCAUGAAAUGCUUGCAGCUUAUCGCCUCCAGACCCAACUGUGUGAAUGUCCUGGUGACCACUACGCAGCUGGUGCCUGCCCUUGCCAAGGUCCUGCUCUAUGGACUGGGGUCUGUCUUCCCCAUAGAAAAUAUCUACUCUGCAACUAAAGUUGGUAAAGAGAGUUGCUUUGAAAGAAUUGCUUCACGGUUUGGAAGAAAACCUGUGUAUGUUGUCGUUGGAGACGGGAGAGAUGAGGAGAUGGCUGCCAAACAACUCGAUUUUCCAUUCUGGAGGAUCCAAACGCAUCACGAUUUUGUCAAUCUAUACAAGGCUUUAAGUAUUUGUGGCCUUUGAGUGCCCCUGAAGAGGCGACACUUCAUUGCAGCUUUAGCAUUCUUUCUUGUAUUCUUCCCCACAAAUAAUUAUCUUCAGUGACAUUUAAUAAUCCUAUUUUUAUCUGUAAUAUUCAUGAAGAGUUUUCAGCAAGUUCAAACUAUUUCCAGCACUAUAAUUAAGACACUUUAUUUUUUUAUAUCUUCAUAGUCUUACUCUGGAAUUAUCAGUAUUUUUACAUAUUCAAAUACUGUACUCCCUUAGGUACAUUCAUCUUCAACAGUCUGAUUACAUAGUUACCUGUCCAUGAUUCUUAAAAUUUUCUCACUAUAACCUGAUUCUGUAAUAACUUUAUGCUCAUUUUAUUAAUUUUAUAUAAUAUCAUCAAUACACAUGCUACAUAUCCCUUAAACUCUCAUGGAUACGUCUCAAGAAACUCGGAAUUCAACUCUAGCGUGCCGCACUUCAUCAGCAAAAGAAGAAAAAAGUGGAAGAUGAUGAUUUCCAGGAAAUGGCUCAAGGCCUCAUGUAUGGCGGUGGUGCUGCGGUAGAGACGAGUCAUAUUCACCUGCUCUCACUUAUGGUCGAGUUUGAUAAGAAGAGAAAUUUAUGUUAUUGUGAUUUGUCAUCCUUGGUAAAAAAACAAAUUACAAAAUGCCAGCAGACUGUGCCAAAUAUAAAUUAAUGUCAUGCUGAAUCCUGGUGGAAGUGAAAUAUUCUCACUGGAGCAGUUCUUAGACACUAAAAGUGAGUCUUCACUUUUUAUAGUGAAUCAGAGUGCUUUAGAACUGCAUCGGUCAUAUUCUGUGUUUGUGAAACAGUGUGAUGAAAAUGUAAAUGUGAACACUACUAUGGCUCUAAUGACAGUCAAGAAUCACAUUCAGUAUCUAUAGUGCUGUUGUGUAAAUAUACUGAUGGUACCGAUAAACAAGCAGAAAUGAUUGAUGAUGCUUUUGAUUAUGAUUCCAAUAUUAAGAAUAGAUUUCCACUAAAAAUGCAUUAGACAAAAUUGAAAACCCUGAAAACUUGUUGUCUAGUAGACAUAUAUGUUUGCUUUAAACAUUCCCAAAAUACAUAUUCACAAGGUAUAUAUAUUUCUCAUUAUGCUAACUCAUUGUCAUUGUAUGAAAAUUACAAGCACAGUAGAGUGUAGAUAUAUUGUACAAUAUGUGGGAUUAGGGUUGGGCAGUGUAAAACAGCCUCAAAUUGUUUUUUGCCAGAACUUUGGAUUGCAGAUUGUACAGGAAUGCAGUCAUGUUUGGCAGUUUCUUAUAAAAGCUUAAAGUCCCAUACAGUGAAGGAUUUUUCUGUGUAGAGCAUUUGGUAUCAGAAACUUUCUAGUGUCCUUAGUUGUGGCUUGUUUCAGUUGACUGUAGUACAGUAUUGCACCGACCUCCCACAUGAAGAUGGUACCUUAGUGUGCCUGUGAAAGUCCUUUUAUGUUGUAGUGCUGUUGUUGAACACUGUUUUGUAUAUAUCUGCCUCUCCUACUCAUUCAGAGUAUGUCAGUUUGCCUGGCCUCAUAUGAUACAUGAGCCAUAAUGGCAAACUUAGAAAGCCUGUUAGGUAGUGAUAUUCCUGCUUUUGAAACAGUCCAGUUAAAUGGUAUAAUAAGUAAGCAACGUUCCAUUUAUAUAACCAGAUGAAUUAUCCCUCAUAGUAAUGUUUGUACAAAAUGUAAAGCAUUAGAUGAUUGUCUUAAUUUGCUUUGUACCUUAAUAUUUGUAGUGAAUGUAGCAUACAAUUCUGGAAUAUAUUACAGGCCUCUAAAACCCUUCAAACUAUAUAUUUCUAUCAAGUAUGAUGGAAAUUACUCUCAUACUGAAAAACAAGAAGGAAUGAUGAACUGCCAGGCCUAUCAUAUAUCCCAGUUUUCAUUUAAGAUAUUGUGAUAAUGCUGUUAAUUUUUAUACAUGCUUCACACACAAUUUAUUACAGUGGCUGACAGACAUUAUCUUUAUUGUUCUUUUCACAGAAUAUUUAAGCUCAUAUUUGGACAAUGUUCAUUUGAGUUAAGUAAAAUACAAGGAGCACCUGUUACCUUAUCACUUAUCUGAAACUUAUGAUUACUUAUACUUAAUACAUUGACUGUAACAAUUUAAUUGUAUAUUUGGCUCCUAGGUAUACAUAAAAAUAUGAUUUACUCUAUUUAUUCCAAAUUAUUCAGUAAGCUAAGAGUUUACUUAAGUAAUGCGAAUUAAUCAUUUCUUCCAUGUAAGUUAAAAUGUAGGGAAGUCAGAAUCCUGCAUCGGGUUGCCACAAAAUCCAAGACCACAUCAGCAAUAAAGAGUACUGCUUUGCCAAACAGAACAGCAUGCGUUGAUAAUGUUAUCCAAUUUACGUACGGCGUUCGGUAGGUGUCAGCGCUCUUACUUCCAGUAGUUCAAUAUUAGCGAAUACUUAGUAGAGUUUAUUUACACUCCAGGCACCUAUGUUUUAUUAUUUCGAAAUUUGUAGUUAUUCAUGCAGUUAUAUCUACGUACAUAUGUACUGUAUUUCAUUCUCACAAGAUAUUUUGAUAUUCCUUCACACUUUUCGUUCAACAAAUUAAAGGCAGCAUUCUGUUUGCCAUAAUGAUUAUGUCUUUCAUAUGUACUUCUCACCCUUUGUUAUGAUAUCUAUAAGUACAGUAGUUAUGUUUGAAAAAACUGCUGUAGAAUGAGAGGCAAGAUCUGUGAAUGUGAGUCUUUUUUUUUUAUUAAUUUAUUUAUGUGUAAAAUAUAUCAGAAUUCAAAACUAAAUACAUUUCUGUGAUUUAAGUUGGUGUAUAUAUGAUGCAGGAGUUGGUGAAGUUAUGAUAUUUCUUGAGGGUGAUUUUUGAGCUACACAUGUGACAGAGUAUGUGAUACACUAAAAAGAAAAUAAAGAGAUAUGUAAAGAGAAAGUCAUUCAACUCGGAAUCACAGAUAAUGUGUCUAAUUUGUAUUUCAGUGGAAGAUAUAGUUCUCUCCAUUGUUGAUAAUGCCAUAUCAAGAGAUGGACUCAGUAGAUAAAAGAACAUCACUAAAGUACAAUGAAUAUACAUGUAUACCAUGUGAUGAAUGUAUCCAGUACUCUUUUUAUAAACCUUUUAAAUUCUUGUAGUAUAAACUUUUCUCUAUACUGUUUUACCAUUGUGUGUGUGUGUAUAUAUAUAUUAUGUCUAUAUAUACACACACACACAUACAUACACACACAAUGUAAUAUUUGUUUAGUUCUUACAGUAUAUGUAUAUACACACACACACAUCCAUGUAAGAGAAAUUUUGGAAUAACCCCCCAAGUGGAUUUUAAACUUGCUAUCCCAGUGAUAUUAUGUUGCCCAGGAUGGGCAUAGAUUGCCCAAGAUUCCAUGGAUGAAGUAUUACUGUAGUUAAUCUCAUUAACGUUCUGGUGGAUUAAGAUAACACUGUUCGACAACAUGAUGUCCUUAUGCUAGUGGGUUGAAAUACCACUCAGGUUAUUCCAAAGUUUUAAUAAAUAAUUAUAAUUUGUAACUUUUGAGUUGGAAAAAAGAAUAUUCUGGUACAGUAUUGUGUAUAUCAUUGUAUGGGUGUGUAGUUUUAUCUUUAACUGAGGCACAUAUAUUGUCUGCAACAAAAAGCAGUGUAACUGAAAAAAAAUGUUAGAGCAAAUUCAAUAACUUGUAAAGUAAUUUUUGUUUUGUUAAUAUCCAUAUCAGAUAUAUUGAAAAUUUCUGUAAUUAGUAAAUAACAUUACAGAAAACAGUUACUUUAUUUGUUAAAAGUAGGUAGACUGCCUGUGUGAAAAUUGUCAAGGUCUCAAAAUUUUAACUUGCACUCUAGGUCACAAAUGUGAAGUUAAGCACAACUCAAGAGUACGAAUGUUUCGUUUAGUUGUAUAAAGUGCAGGCAACAUUUCCUGUUAAUCUGUCUUCUGUCUGGACUUCCUUCAAUAUUUGUAACUCUUAAUGUAUGGUUACAAAUAUGUGAGUAAUAAAUUACUAUACUUUUA